CAUGGAGCACAGAUCGUGGUUGUCGGAAUCCUUUGCCUCGUUGCCAGCACACUAUCUUUUUUGACCAGACUCUGCAUCCGGUGGCCAUGGACAGCCCGCCUCGGUCUCGACGACGUCGUCUGCAUGGCCGCCACGUUGGUGUCGGCGGCACAAAGUGCGACAGUGUUUGGAGGCGUCUCGAGAGGAUUUGGACAGAAGCCGCAGCUUUUGCGCGAAAGUCAGGUCGAAUCAGUCGAAAAGGUAAAG